AUGGCUUCUGCAGCUCUCAACCUGGCGCGCUGGUCAGCACUCGGAUUAGGUAUCUUGUAUGGAUGGACACACCAUCGAUCACUCGUGCACGCUGAACAAAAGCGAAAAGAAGAAGAAGCAUAUAAACAUAAACAAGAGCUAAUUGAAAAAGCGAGGGCUGCUUAUGCCGCGAAAAUUUCUGUUGGAAGUGAUGUUAUAAAAGACCCAAAUGAUCCACGAUUCGACCUAGAGAAAUUGCUCACGAGUGUUGAAAAAUCAGCUUAG